CUGACCCAACACCACCAAAACCAGGAAUUGCGAAUAGACCAGACACUAUGGCAGCUUCCCAGGAUCCCAAAGGUCUUACAUUGACCGUGCUCGGCUCCGGCACAAUGGGCAUAGCCAUAAUGGGCGGCGUAAUGUCCUCGCUCGCCAAAGCGCAGACACAAGCAACCAUCGACCCAGCCUCGGCCCCCAAGGACACGCCCAACCUGCAGAACUUCGUCGCAUGCGACACAUGGGCGCCCGCCGAAGCCAACGUCAAGAAGGCCCUCGGCCACUACAACUUCUCGCUGCAGACGUACACCAACCAGAACCUCAAGGGCGUGCAGGCUGCCGACAUUGUGCUGCUGUCAUGCAAGCCCUACGGCUACAAGGACAUUCUCGGUGAAGAUGGCAUCAAGGAUGCGCUCAAGGGCAAAGUGCUCGUCAGCAUAUUGGCGGGCGUUACCCAGCAGCAGAUCGAAGACUUCCUGUACCCCGAGGGCGCGAGUAAGGUGGACGGUGCCUGCCGUGUCGUGCGCGUAAUGCCCAAUACGGCGUCUUUUGUUGGCGAGUCGAUGAGUGUUAUCCAGACUUCCACUCCGCCGCUCAGCGAAAGCCAACACAACCUGGUCAACUUCGUCUUCUCCUCCAUCGGCCGCGUUGUUUCGCUUCCGCCCGCACAGAUGGAUAUCUCGACGGCGCUGUGUGGAUCGGGACCGGCCUUCUUUGCCCUGAUAUUGGAGGCAGCGGCAGAUGGCGCCGUGGCUAUGGGAUUGCCGAGGGCCGAAGCACAACUGAUGGCUGCGCAGACAAUGCGCGGUACCACUGGACUGGUUCUCAAUGGCGAGCAUCCUGCCGUGUUGAAGGACAAGGUGUCGACGCCUAGGGGGGUGCACCAUCGGCGGGCUCAUGUCGCUCGAGGAGGAUGGCGUCAGGGGCAGUGUCGCAAAGGCAAUCCGGGAGGCAUGUGUCGUAGCAUCACGACUAGGUGGUGAGCAAAGGGAGUUUGUCAACCACAGGCGGUAAAUGGCGGAGAAGCCUUGGACGAACAAAAUGAGCAAAAUGAUACCAAUACUUAUUUUC